AAUGAUGAUUCGGGUUCAGUUUGGCUGUGCACACAUGACAGAGAAACUGAACUGAACUGAGUCUGGAACAUGCGGGUAGACCCGCGCUGACGACUGUCUGGGUUUGUUUAGGAGUUUAUAAAGUUCGGGUUUGAGGAGGCGGAGGACUGACUGCAGAUUUCUGCUGCCCCGUAAGCGUGCACGCGCAGCCCCUUCAGUGACAUCACGCCUGUGCACGCGCGGGGAGGCGCACCUCCAGCUUUAAUCACUUCCAGACUGAGUGAGUUAGCAGAGGCGCGCGCUCCGGUUCUCAGCCGAACUCAGUUCCGGCUCUUGAGGGACCCCUUGAGUCCGCCUGCAGAUGGACCCUCCUCCCGGCGCACGCGGCUGAGCGCGAGGACCCGCAGCUGGACGCAGGCAGGCGCGCGGGAUGAACGCACCUUUGUGCGGGUGUUUACAGCAGAAGUUGGCGCGCGCCUCCCGGAGGUGAAGGAGACACUCUUUCUUUCUGUUAAGGUCGGAAAGUGAACCGGACCGAGCCGAGCCGGACGGUUCCUGUGGAGCCGCGGAGCUAGCCGACGCCAUGCACCCCCACCUGGGGACUUUUCUCCUGAUGCUCCUUUCGCUCCCAGCGAGAACGAGGAACGCUGAUCCGGGUCCAUCCGGUGAUAAAGAAGGUCUGGCAGGAGCUCAAAGUGGAGCUGCUCCUACUGAAGAAAACGCAAAUCAAGGACAUUUCCUGGAGUUCCUGGAGCCGGUCAACAACAUCACUCACUUUCAGGGCCAGACGGCCACGCUGCACUGUAAGGUGGCAGGAAACCCUCGACCGCUCAUUCAGUGGCUGAAGAACGACGCCCCUGUGGACCUGGACCUGGGGCGCAUCACCAUCCGUAAGACUGAGGCGGGAUCUAAGCUCCGCAUCCAGGAGCUGGACACAACAGACACGGGCUACUAUCAGUGUGUCGCCUCCAACUCAUUCAAGGUCAUCUCUGCUACCGGCGUGCUCUAUGUCAAGCUGGGACUGAUUCCCACUCAUGGACCAGAUAAACCCAAGAACAAUAAGGGUUUCUGUCAGCCGUACAGAGGUAUCGCCUGUGCUCGUUUCCUGGGAAACCAGAGCAUCUACGUUGAGUCUUUGCAGACACAAGGGGAGCGAGAGAACCGUAUCACAGCUGCCUUCACAAUGAUCGGCACCUCCACCCACUUGUCGGAUCAGUGCUCCAAGUUUGCCAUCCCGUCCUUCUGCUACUACGUCUUCCCGCUGUGUGACGAAAGCUGGCGGAGCCAGAGGCAGCGGCAGCUCUGUCGGGACGAGUGCGAGGCCCUGGAGAAUGACCUCUGCCACGUGGAGUACUCCAUCGCCAGGUCCAACCCCAUGAUCCUCAUGCAGCUGGAGCUCCCACGCUGCCACCUGCUGCCUCAGCCGGGCACGCCUGAGGCUGCUUCCUGUAUCAGGAUCGGGGUGCCCCCAGAAAGACUGGGCUCACCCUCUCCCUCAGACCACACCUGCUACAACGGCAGUGGAGCUGACUACAGGGGCACCGUCAGCACGACGCGCUCGGGUCGCACCUGCCAGCCCUGGAGCCUUCAGCUUCCUCACAGCCACCGCUUGACUCAGGAGUACCCCGAGCUUUGGGCAAGUCACAACUUCUGCCGUAACCCUGGAGACCAGAUGGAGGCGCCGUGGUGCUUCACUCUAGACCCGGACAUGAGGAUAGACUUGUGCAACGUCCAUCCCUGCAAGCCUCCUGAAAGCCCCGGUAAGGAGAUCCUGCUCAUCUUGAUCCCAGCCGUCUCCAUCCCCCUGGUGGUGGCCUGCCUCUUCUUCCUGGUGUGCACGUGUCGAAGUAAACACAAGGCUUCCAGCAGCGCCGCGCCUCACAGCCACCUCAGCACCUGCGCCAAUCAGGAGGUGCAGCUGUCGCUCCUGUCGCCCCAGAAAAUCCAGACCAAGCUCCGGGAAAUCAAUAUGUCAACCGUGCGGUUCAUGGAGGAGCUCGGCGAGGACCGCUUUGGAAAGGUCUACAAGGGACAUCUUUAUGGAACAGCUCCAGGAGAGCAGAACCAAGUCGUAGCCAUCAAGACUCUGAAUGACAAGGCCGACCUCUCUCUCUGUGAGGAGUUUCGCCAUGAGGCCUCAACUCGCUGUCACCUGCAGCACCAAAAUCUAGUUUCCUUGAUUGGAGUGGUCACCAAGGAGCAGCCCAUGAGCAUGAUCUUCACAUAUUCUAGUCUGGGCGACCUGCAUGAGUAUCUGGUGAUGCACUCCCCCAACUCAGACGUUGGCAGCUCAGAUGAUGACAGGACGACUAAAUCCACUGUGGAGCAGGCGGACUUCCUUCACAUCAUCACUCAGGUUGCUGCUGGGAUGGAGUAUCUGUCCAGUCACCAGGUGGUUCACAAAGACCUGGCUGCUCGCAACAUUCUAGUCUUUGACAAGCUCAACAUCAAGAUCCUGGAUCUGGGCUUGUUCAGAGACGUCUACUCAGCCGAUUACUACAAUCUGAUGAGGACCAGCCCUUUCCCAAUUCGAUGGAUGUCUCCUGAAGCAAUCAUGUACGGCAAGUUCUCCACCGACUCCGACAUCUGGUCCUACGGCGUGCUGCUUUGGGAGACCUUCAGUUAUGGUCUCCAGCCGUAUUGUGGCUACUCCAACCAUGACGUGAUUGAGAUGGUGCGCAGCCACCAGCUGCUGCCCUGCCCUGAAGACUGCCCCGCUUGGAUUUACGCCCUCAUGCUGGAGUGCUGGAGUGAAUUCCCUGUGAGAAGGCCUCGCUUCAAAGACAUCCACGCCCGCCUGCUCUCAUGGGACAGCCUGUCCCACUACCACAGCCCUGCACAAGCCUCCGGCACCAGCAACACCACCCAGACCAGCUCCCUCAGCACCAGUCCUGUGAGCAAUGUUAGCAUGAGCACAGCAAAUGCGUCACGCUACGCCAGCCCCAAGAAGAGCCCGGCCUUCCAUCCGCCCCAGUUCCUGCCUCUGAAGGGUCAGAUGCACAGGCCUGUGGUUCCUCCGCAGCUCUACAUCCCCGUCAACGGAUACCACCCCCUGCCGGCGUAUCCGUACCUACAGAACUUUUACCCCAUGCAGAUACCCAUGGCAAUGCCCCACCAGCAGAUGCACCACCCAGCAGCAGUGGCCAGCAAAGCAGGUUCUCACCACAGUGGCAGUGGAUCCACCUCUACAGGCUACGUCACCACCGCCCCCUCUAACACCUCCGCAGCCGAGCGGGCCGCUGCGCUAAAUGGGGACUCCGGGCCCAAAGAGGACAACCUGCUGGACGGAGCGCCCCCGGACGAGUGCAGCCAGAGCGAGGCCGUGUCAGCGCAUGGAUCAGAACUACUCGCUGAGGAGGCUGGUUCCACCGAGGAGCUGCCGGUCCACUCUUCAGACACAUAGACACGGGCCGAGCUGGAAAAACGGAGCCAAGAAAGACUGACUGAAUGUUUUCUAAGAAGGUGCUGCUGAGUUUCACGGUCCAGUCCGGUGAGAAGAGAGGAUUCUGGUUCGUUUGGUUCUUGUUUUUCACGUGACUGUAAAAUAAAAGCAUGUCCUUUUUUGUUGAAUCAGAUGUCUUAAAGCCACAGUGGCAGACGAUCAUGUUCCUAUAAGUCUGAGAUCUAAGGUCUGGUUCAGUUCUGCUGCACUGACUGUAUGAAUCCUGGAUCUCUCAGACUCGAGUCCCGACUAAAAACCCAGCCACCCGCCUUAAAGCACAGAUCUGGAGAAUCUGACGUGUGUCUGCUCUGAUUCCAUCUGUUUUUAUUUACUAAGGGAGGAAUGUUUCUCACAGUGUUAUCUUUACUAAGAAUUCUUUUAAUGUUUUUAUAUUUUUGUAAUCAAAUAUGAAGAGUCUAAUAAAGUUUCUGAAGAGCUUCUUUCA